CGUGUCAUGACAAUAACCCAGCAGUGCAGGGGACCUGGCUGCAGCAGAGUAUCCACAGCAGUCUCCCCGGCAACUGCAUGCCUGGCUGAAGAGUGAUAUUGGGUCUCCACACUGUGAUGAGCAGAAAGAGUGAAAAGAGAAAGGGGGGAGAGGGGGAUUGUGGUUUCAUGGUUUGCAGGGGGAGCUAGCAUUACAUGAGAGUGAAUCGGAGUGAUGACAUUGUUCCUAAGCCGCCGAGUGAACCUAUACAUCUGCCACUGUGGAGGAAGGGCCAUUCACCUGUCUGAGCCGCUGCUGAUGGAGCAACGGGAGAAAAGCACAAACGGGCAGAAUGAUAGAACCCUAUCCAGUGUUGAGUCGGCUCUUCUGUUGGCACUUUGAUAUGUAUUAUAGGUCUCGGGUUUCCUGAUUGUUCCAGAGGAAAUUAGAAAUUGAUUCUGGAUCAUUCUGGGGUCUGAGUUUCAGAAUUAGUCUAGGCAUAGGGAAUGCUGGAUCCCAGAUAAACACAACUUUUUUUUAUACAUAUACUGUGUAUAUUUGAAGGCCGAGCACAAAGGUUGACAUGGAUUAAUCUGUUAAAUGUUUGAAUUUCCAGCCUUAGGUUGGGCUGAAAGGGAAUUACACGCGGUAAGUUACAAACAUGAUAUAUCUUAAAGUAUUUGUCUUCUUUUGAUUAAGGUGUGUGCAUUUUUCACCAUUUAAGGGCAUCUGCAAAGUCAAUGGAGAAAAAAUAUCCAGCAAUUGCAGGAAGAGAAAAAGGGCCAGGUCCUGGUCGCUAUGGGCUUCCUCCAACCAUUGGAUUUAAUGGCCAUGACUUCACCAAACUAACAAGCCCUGCCUACUCUUUCCACAGCAGAAUGAGUGACAACCUGUAUGGUGUGAACUGCAGUCCAGGGCCUCAGUAUUAUGUUGAUGCAAAAAUCACUCGCUUUGGAAAGGAUGGCACUCCUGCAUACUCCAUGUUGAGCAGAAUAAAAGAAAAGAAGGAGUUAUUCCAAACACCUGGACCUGGUGCAUACAGUCCUGAGAAAGCCCCACCAUGCAACCUUCAGCGCAGACCCCCAUCCUACACAAUGGGUUCCCGCACUCAAUACCGCAGCAUGGACUCAGUACCUGCUCCUAACAAGUAUUCUCUUCCUCCACUCAUGGGCCCUCAAGUCCCACACAAGCCGGCCAGUGCAAGCUACACAAUAUCAGGUAGUUACAGCACAGGUGGACCAUCUGUGGAUUUAGCAAAGACGCCUGGGCCUUGCAGGUACAACACUACAGACCCAGGAGUGUAUUUGCGCCGACAGCCAGCAUUUUCCAUGCUGGGACGACACAGCUUACCCAAAGAUGCCACCAAAAAACCUGGUCCUGGAACUUACAAUCCAGAGAAAGUAACGGUUCACAAAGCCCGGGCCCCGGCUUUCUCUCUGGGCAUCAGACACUCCGAAUUUGUCACCCCACUAGUUGUCAAUGUUUCUGACUAA